AUGUUAAGCUCCUCCCUCCUCUUUUUCUUCACAGUCCUGACGCCGGCGCUCUGCUGUGAUUGGCUGAGACACUACGAUCACUACAGCAACACGUCUCUGACGCUCGUACGCCGCAUGGCUGGUCAGGUGACUCAUCAUGAGGCUCCUGUUUCUUUUCCAUACAGAUUCUACUCAUGUAUACGACACACUGAGGUGAAGUCUCAGCUGGUUUUCAUCAGAGACAGUCUCUCCUUGAUCUCUGACCUCUAUCACCAUGACAACAUCUCCUCUGUUCCCUGGGAAACAAACUUGACUCAUCGCUUCCUGAUCGACACCAACAGUAUGAUCGACGGACUCAACACCUGUGUGUCGAUGCAGAAGCAAGCAGACACACGACUAAAAAAAUACUACAAGAGGCUCAUAAGACGUACUGUGUACUGCACUGGGGGCAGCAGUGACUCGUGGCAGACGCUCAUCAGAGAAACUAAACUGCACCUGGAUCAGUUACAGCUGCUUGUCUCCUCCAUUCGUCAUCCUUCAGCUGCUGCCAAGAGGAGGCGCUGUUCACCACACACACACUAACUGUGUCACCAGUGAAUUAUUUAUUGAUCAUGUUGUUGAUGGAAUUAAUUGAUUAUUUAUUUAUUUAUUUAUUUAUUUAUUUAUUUGAAUAUUUAUUUAUCACAUUUUAUGCUAUUGAUAAUGUUAUCCUUGUCCUACUAUUUCAAUAACUAACAAUUAACCAAUUAACCCAGCAGCCAGGUUAUUAGGUUAACUUCUGGUUUUACUCUGGUUAUUAGGUUAACUUCAGGUUUAACUCUGGUUAUUAGGUUAACUUCUGGCUCUAUAGUUAUAUAUC